AUGGCGACGCCGCUGCUCGACGACCCCUCCGUCCCUGCCUUGAAGGCUCAAGACCCUCCACAAAAUCCCAGCGCCACCGUCCCCGUCUCGAAAGCCGCCCCUUUACCCCCUACAACCGUCCUCCCAACCGCGCUGAGAGAAUCCGUAACCUCGCUUGCCGCCCCAGCCCAGACUACCGCUGGCAGAGUCUUGAUCGUCUAUGGCACCAAUCAGGAGCAUAUCGUACAGCUAGUCGCAGAGGUACUGGGCAAACCAUGGACAACGGAGACAUCACAGGAAACACUGGCGGAAGGUGGCGAUGCCGUCGUUGGAAUCCUGGCGCGUGACCUGGCGCGCAGUCUAGAGGGGCGGGAACGAGAGCGGUCUUCUCUGAUCCUGGUUAACACGUACUGUGUGGAAGACGGGUCUGCGCCUGAUGAUGCGCUAACAGAGCGGUGUGACUAUGAGUUCUUAUAUUCCCGCAGUCCGUAUCUGCGUCGCGACCUAACGAGAUUUCUGUCUUUGAUUCUGGGGCGGACGAGACCGCAUGAUGAUCUGCGCACGAAGACCCGGACGAAUUUCAUUUCGACCACUUUCCCUGAUGUGCAUGCUGCGCUGCCGAAUCUGGAUAUUUUGUCGGUUGGCUCGGAUGCUGUUGAGAUUCGUGUCGACUUGCUGGUUGAGCCGGCUGCCGGUCCUGCUGCACCGGUUCCGAGCUUGAAGUAUGUUGGCCAGCAGUUGAUGCUGCUGCGGCAGCAUACUGAGUUGCCGAUUAUAUUUACCGUCCGGUGUACCCGGGAGAAUGGAAAAUUCCCUAUGGAUGACCCCGUUCUGUUUUACAAGUACCUGCGUCGGGCUAUUCAGUGGGGUGUUGAGUAUAUUGAUGUGGAACUUUGGCUUCCGGAGGAGAUUCGGCGACAGCUGGCUGAGAAGAAAGGGAAUAGUGUGAUUUUGUCUGCGUUCCAUGACUUCUCUGGGACUUGGAAGUGGACAUCGGAAGAGGCACAGCGCAUUUUCACGGAGAGCGCCAAGUAUGCCGAUAUCGUCAAGAUGAUUGCUAUGGUGCAUACCAUUGAGGAGAAUUAUGAGCUAGAGUAUUUCCGCUCGACCGUCAAGAGUCGUGGUCCUGGCCCAUUAUUGUCGGCUGUCAAUAUGGGUCAAAUGGGCCAGCUCUCACGAGCGCUGAAUACAGUCUUCUCUCCAAUCACCCACCCACUUCUUCCAAUGAUCGCGGCUCCAGGUCAGUUGACAGCGGCAGAAAUCAACGAAGCCCUGCACAUCAUGGGUCAACUCCCCAAACGAGACCUCUACGCCAUUGGUUCCUUCCGCUCAACACCACAUUCAAUGUUCAUGGAGAAAUGCCUGAACGAGCUGGGCCUCCCACACAACUUCUCCUCUAUCGACCGUGGCCCAAAGGGCUCAUUAGAAUCCGUCCUUAUGCAACCACAGUUUGGCGGCGCCUACCUCAAUCCCCCCGUGGCAAAUACAACAUCUUACAUUCCAGCGGUGAGCGACGCAGCCCGCGCAAUUGGCUUAGUCGACACAAUCGCCAUGACCAGCCCCACAGAACCCCAAUCGAAAUCCCGCUUCAUCGGUGAAAAUGCUGCUUGGAAAGGCAUCCGCGCAACUUUGACACGCGAGUACGUCCCAUCAGCAUAUCAAAACCGCGCAGCUAUAAUCCUAGCAGGUAGCGAAGCAGAUGCCUCAGCAGCAAUCUUUGCACUGCGCAGUCUUGGCGUCGGGGCCAUUUACACAGUUGGCUUCAAAGCCUCAGGCCCGCUAGCCGCGGGUCUGGAACCCUUCACAUCCAUUCAAUCGGUCAAACUUGUUGAGCAGCCAUUUGUGAUUGUCUCGGCCCUACCACCGGAGAAAUCCCUCCUUGUGCAACCUCUUCUCCGGCAUUAUGGCGUCAACGGCCGCUCAUCACCUCCUUCAACGCGUGGAAAGGUCUAUCUAGACUUAACAAAUGGACCACGAAAGGGCGAUCCCCUCGGUGUAGCAACGAGCGCCGGCUGGACGGCCUACGGAUUCGAAGACGUUACUGCCUGGACAACAGUCGAAACACUUAGGCUGCUUGUAGGCCAGAAUGUUCCAUUUGACUUUGUGCGCAUGGCAUCUGGACGGCCCUUGUUCUAG